AUGGCAAGUGCCAACGCGCUACCACGUCUAGUUCUCAACAAUGGGGGCAAUACGGGAGAACAGUGGAAACAAUGGUUGAGUAGUUUCCAAAUCUACUUGAUCGCAACGGAAGUAAAUAAAAAAGAAGAAACAAUCCAGAUAGCGCAAUUACUCCACUUCGCUGGUCCAGAAGCCCAAAAAAUUCACAGCACAUUCAAGUUCGCAGAAACGGAACGAAAUAAACUUGCGGCGGUGAUUGACAAAUUUAAUAAUCACUUCACCCCUAGACAAAAUCUGACGUUCACGAGGUAUAAAUUUUUCAAGACAAAACAAAAUGAGAUGUCAUUGGAAGAAUUCAUCACCGAAUUGAGGAAACAAGCCCAAAAUUGUCACUUUGGAGACCUCUGCGACGAGCUAAUUAAACUAGUGUUCAUCAGUGGAACAAACAACGAGGAAAUUCGGCAUAAAUUGCUCCAGGAGGAUGAUGCAGAUUUGGAGAAAGCCAUCAAAUUGAGCUCUAUCAUCGAACAGUCAAAAUCGCAGGCAAACAAAAUGAGGCACUCUUGUGAUAAAGACGGCGACCUGGAGCAGGUGGAUCGAGUCGGCUUCGGCGGCCAACGUUAUUCACCAGCCUCCGCAUCCCAGGGCGGAAGCGGCAACAACGGCGGGUGGCAAGGAUCGACAAGGGAGGUACGGCAAGGUCAGUCCAGAGCACGAUCAAAAUCUCGAAAUCGUGGCCCUUCAACUUCCUCAGGGUCAGGUAGGAACUUCAUUACGAACUGUACUCGAUGUGGAAGGUCACAUCCAAUUAACAAAUGUCCCGCGUAUAAGAAAACCUGCGGUAAAUGUAAAAAGACUAAUCAUUUUGCUAGUAUGUGUAGGGCCGAUAGAAAUAUCAAUGCGUUAAUAAACAGUAAUAGCACACUAGAUGAAGAUGUACUUUAUAUAGGCACGAUAAAUAAUGUAGUACGCGUAAAUGAUGUAACGACACACAAUGCCUGGACGUCAAAUUUAAAAAUUAACAAUAUAGACAUCACAUUUAAGUUGGAUACUGGCGCAAUGGCCAAUAUUUUACCAGUUCAAAAUUAUCUAGAUUUAAAUAUACCUUUGUCGCUAAUAAAACCAUCAAAAAUUACUCUAAAAUCGUAUACAGGAGAUAAGUUACCAUUGUUAGGACACUGUCAAUUGAAUUGCCAGCAUCAAAAUAAUACAUAUAAUUUAAGAUUUUACGUUAUAAAUGAUAGUAGUGAACCUCUCCUAGGGUUAAACACCUGUAUUGAACUAGAAUUAAUUACAAAAAACGAGGCGAAGUCGGAAAUAAAGGAUUCAAAAAUAAUAAACACAGUGGAGAACUGUAAUCAAGUUCCCCUCAACGAUAAAAUAACCAAUUCAUUUGGAGAUGUGUUUACCGGCAUUGGUUGUAUUAAUCCGUUAUAUCAUAUACAAAUUGAGGAAAAUGCACAGCCCAUAAUUUCGCCAAUUAGGAGAGUACCUUUUGCUCUGAUGGAUCAAUUAAAAUUAACUUUAAAUAAAUUAGAAUCAAUGAAAAUUAUUCAGAGAGUUGACGGCCCCAGCAGUUGGGUGCAUCCAUUAGUCAUAGUAAAAAAAGGAGAUGGGUCAUUAAGAAUUUGCAUGGAUCCACUUCAUUUAAAUAAAGUAAUUAAGAGGGAACAUUGUCAACUCCUCACAAUGGAGGAGAUAACUAGCAAACUGCACGGAGCAAAGUAUUUUUCGAAAUUAGACGCUAAUCAGGCAUUUUAUCAAAUUCCACUAGACGAGGCAAGCAGUGAUCUCUGUACGGUGGGAACGCCUUACGGCAGAUAUAAAUUUUUGCGCCUACCAUACGGUAUUAAAUGCGCCCCAGAAGUAUUUAAUGACAGAUUUAGAAACAUUUUUAAUUUACCGAACGUUGCAGUUUAUAUUGAUGAUAUCAUAAUAUGGGGUAAUUCACGCGAAGAACACGAUAAAAUUUUAAAUCAAGUAUUAGAAAUAGCCCGAAAAAAUAAUAUUAAAUUCAACUACAGUAAAUGUAAAUUCGGGGUGCAAACAUUAAAAUUUAUGGGACAUAUUGUUAAUAGACAGGGUGUCGGCAUCGACCCCGAUCGGUUGCAGGCCAUAAACGACUUCAAAGAACCGGCUUGCAAACUAGACCUACAACGGAUAUUAGGUGUCAUAAACUACGUGUCUAAAUAUGUCCCGAACUUUUCAGCUGAAACGAAACCGCUACGGGAAUUAUUGAAAAAAGAUACACUAUUUGACUGGCAACAACAUCAUAAAGACGCUUUCGAAAAUAUUAAAAAGCUCCUAACACAAAGCCCCGUCCUAAAAUUUUUCGACCCUAAUAAAGCAAUAUUAGUAUCCGUAGAUGCUAGUCAGAAUGGACUAGGAGCGUGCUUAAUGCAAGAAAACCAGCCAGUUCAUUACGCAUCAAAAGCACUAACUUCCGGCCAAAGCAGUCAGCCUCAAAUUACAAAAGAACUGCUAGCAAUUUGGUUCGGACUGUCAAAAUUUCAUGAAUAUGUGUUCGGAAGACACGUAACAGUCGAAACAGAUCAUAAGCCACUAAUAGCGUUAAUGAAAAAACCUCUAAACGCGACCCCAGCGCGACUGCAACGCAUUUUAUUAGCCUUACAAAAGUACGAAUUCACAUUAACGUAUAAACGGGGUAAAGACUUAAUAAUAGCGGACACUUUGUCGAGAGCAUGUGCUCCAGAUAGUGCCAGCCAGGAUUUGGAUUUUAAUGACCAAAUCUGUGUCGUAACUGAAGCCAAUAUUUCAGACGCUUUUCUCAAUAAAGUCAAGUCGGAAACGGCAACCGACCCGGAAAUGCAAGAAUUAGUCAGGGUAAUUCUAACAGGAUGGCCCAAAACUAACAAAAAAUUGAAUAAUCAAUUGAGACCGUAUUAUCGCUACAAAAGUGAGCUAACAGUUGAAAACGAUAUAAUUUAUAAAAAUAAUAGUUGCGUAAUUCCCAGAAAAUUGAGAAAAAAUAUCCUCCAUAAUAUCCAUUACAGCCACUUAGGUUACAAUAAAUGUGUAAAACUAGCUCAGGAAUCAGUAUUUUGGCCAACAAUUAAGAAUGAAAUUAAAUUAAUGAUAGACGAAUGUGCAACAUGUCAAAAAUACCGAAAUUCUCAGCCGCCAGAACCACUUAAGUCACAUGAAAUACCAGCGUUGCCAUGGGCUAAAGUGGGCAGUGAUUUGUUCGAAUUUAAAGGAAUUCAUUAUCUGAUAUGUGUGGACUAUUAUUCCAAAUAUAUAGAGGUAGAAAACCUAGGCAAAAAUAUGACCAGCUUUCACAUAAUAAAUAAAUUUAAAAGCAUGUUUGCAAGGCAUGGCGUGCCGCAAUAUUUAGUAAGUGACGGAGGAACCCAAUUUACUUCACAAGAAUUCAAUAAUUUUGCCAAACAAUGGAAUUUUGUGCAACAAGUCACAUCACCGACUCACAGUCAAUCAAACGGGAUGGCGGAGAGACAUGUUCAAACCAUAAAAAACACAAUCAAAAAAGCUAUUGAAGACCAUAAAGACCUCGAUUUAACUCUGUUACAAUUAAGAAAUACUCCAAUGUUCGGAGGCAACUCCCCAAAUGAAAUAUUAAUGUCAAGAGCUACAAGGAAUCCUUUAUUGCCGAUAAAAUCAAAUAAGUUAAAACCACAUUUAAUUAACAGCAAUGAAUAUAGAAAAGAUUUAGUAGAUAAUCAAAACAAGCAAAAUUUAUAUUACAAUCGUAAAAAAGGAGCAAAGGAAUUAUCGAAAUUACAUCCACAAGACACAGUCUGGAUACAAUUACAGCCAAAAUCAAUUUGGCAUCCAGGCACUGUGUUAGAACAAUUAGGAGAUAGGAGAUAUAAGGUUAAGGUUGAGAAUAAAGGAACAUAUGUCAGAAAUCGAAAAUUCAUAAGACCUUCAGUACUGAAACGAAGCGAUAGUAGAUUUGAUAAAAAAGUUAAUUGGUCUGAUAAGCUCGUUACAGUAAUGAAGGAAGAAGUAGGUAGUCAGGCAAAAUUGUACAUUCCGCGACUCGAGAGUAUUGGUGCAAAUACGGGAGUGAUAAACAGUGACGAACAAGCGCCAAAUAAUAGUGCGAGUGCUAUACCGAGUGCUAGCGUUAAUGACAUGGAACAGAACGACGAAGUGCGUAACAUUAAGUUAAGAAACCGAGUUGUUUACUAUAAUUAA